AUAGCUCAAAAAGCCAAACAGAGGACACCAGCAGACAAGGAAAAAUCUGAGGACAAACGAUUGCAGGACCAUGAAACUUUACAUCCUUUUCAGUUUUCUGCUUUUGGCUGUGCUUUGGAGCUCUUGGGUUGAUGCCAGGGAAGUGAAAUUUGGCCCCCUCUGUAGUGGUAACCCAAGUAACAGCAAAAGAGGAUGCGAUAAAGAAGGCUGUGGAUACUAUGGAGCCAGUCGUAAGCAUGGUCCACAUGAGGGUCUUGACAUUGUGUGUGCUGACGGAGCCACAGUUUAUGCUCCAUUUGAUGUGACGCUGAACGGCAAAGCUGCACCAUACAUAAAGAACAAUGCUAUCAAUGAUGGCAUUAACUUGCGUGGAGAAGGUCUCUGCUUCAAGCUGUUCUAUGUUAAGCCGGUCAGUUACUCUGGGACCCUGAAGAAAGGGCAGAAGAUCGGAACUCUGCUCCCAAUGCAGACGGUUUAUCCUGGAAUCACUUCCCAUGUUCACGUUCAGAUGUGUGACAAAUCAGAUCCCACCAAGUACUUCUGAUGCUGAUGGAGCCAACGACCACCUGCAAACAUUAAACCAUUUCAAAUCAAAGUC